GGCUCUACCUUAAUUUGGUUCAACCCAGACCAUUGGGUUCUCGUACAACAUCUGCACUUAGCAACGCUCGCAUGAUUGAUGAUCUAAGUUCUGUACAAUAUCCACCAAAUAUCAGAGCUCCUAAUCCUAAUUUAAAUAUUAAUUCUUUACCCGGAAAAUAUAGAUAUGAUCGUACCUUUUUGAUGCAAUUCAUGAAUAUUUGUAAAGAGAGACCAGAAAAUUUAUCUGAGUUUGAUGCUAUGAUUGGUAUGGAUAUGACUAAGGAUGACAAAAAAAAGUCAAAGACAAGUCGUAAACAUGAUCGUACAAUUACAACUUCUACACUUAGUAAAGCUCAUAUAAUUAAUGAUUUAAGUUCUGUGAAUCUAAGUUCUGUGAAUGUUUAUAAAGAGAGACCAGAAAAUUUAUUUGAAUUCGAUGCUAUGAGUGAUAUGAGUUAUCUUAGACAUGAUCGUACAAUUACAACUUCUGCACUUAACAACGCUCGCAUAAUUAAUGAUCUAAAUUCUGUGCAAGAUCCACCAAAUGUUAAAGCUCCUAAUCCUAAUUUAAAUAUUAACUCUUUACCUGGAAAUGAUCGUACUUUCUUGAUACAAUUCAUGAAUACUUGUAAAGAGAGACCAGAAAACUUAUCUGAAUUCGAUACUAUGAUUAGUAUGGAUGCGAUUAAAGAUAAAAACGAAAGGUCUAAUAUGAGCCAUUUUAGACAUGAUCGUACAGUCCCAACUUCUGCACUUAGCAACGCUCGUAUGAUUGAUGAUCUAAAUUCUGUACAAUAUCCACCACAUAUCAAAGCUCCUAAUCCUAAUUUAAAUAUUAAUUCUUUGCCUGGAAAAUAUAAAUAUGAUCGUACCUUUUUGAUGCAAUUCAUGAAUAUUUGUAAAGAGAGACCAGAAAAUUUAUCUGAAUCCGAUGCUAUAAUUGGUAUGGAUGUGACUAAGGAUGACAAAAAAAAGUCAAGGAUGAACCGUCGUAGACGUGAAAAAGACGAAUAUCAGCUAUCUCAGACCGAGGGACAAGAAAAAAUUACAUCUUUCGAGCCUAUAGAGGAUCCUGGCGUAGCAAAUCCCAUACCUAGAACGUCAAAUGAAUUUAUUCAAAUUGAAGUUGUUAAGUCCAAGAAGAGCCGUCAUAAACGUGAAAAAGACAGAUAUCAGAUAUCUCAAGAUAAAACUACAUUUAGAGCGUCAGAUGAAUUUAUGCCAAUUGAAGUUGUCCAACGUAAAGUGAAGGCCCUUUUAAACAAAUUAGCAUUAGCAAACUUCGAUAGUAUAUCGGACCAAAUUAUUGAUUAUGCGAAUAAAUCUAGAUUUGAAAGAGAUGGUCGUAUAAUUAAAGAGAUUAUCCAACUUAUUUUCGAGAAAUUUGUUGAUGGGCCAGCUUUUAUUCAAACAUAUGCACGGCUUUGUCGUAAAAUGAUGGAAAGAGUUGAUAUUGAAAUAGUGGAUGAGAAUGUUAAAAACUCCGAGGGUAAAUUUAUUCAAGGAGCUACAUUAUUCAGAAAGUAUCUACUAAAUAGAUGUCAAGAAGAUUUCGAAAAAGGUAGGAAGUUAAAUCUUCCAAUUCCUUCAAAUGAAAAAGGUGAAGCUGAUAUUAUGUCAGAUGAAUACUAUAUUGCUAAAGCAAAAAGACGUGGUCUUGGUUUAAUACUCUUUAUUGGUGAACUAUUUAAGUUGAAUAUGCUUACUGAGCGCAUCAUACACCAGUCUAUUAAAAAAUUUUUAACAGUUCAUGGAGUUCCUGAAAAGGAGGAAAUGGAAGGAUUGUGCAAACUCAUGACGACAGUAGGACAACAACUUGAUCAUGCGAAGGCGAAAAUACACAUGGAUGCCUACUUCCUUC